CAAACCCUCAGCGGGAAAACUAAGACAUGGCGCUAGGCUCGCCAUUUUGUUCCAUAGGUUGUCCGUUCUCUGGCGCAGUCUGUGGUUCUUGUUUUCAGUGUUGGCUUAGCUUUAAAUUUGGAACAGCUGGCCUUAUUUCCCUGGGCUGUCUCCGCAGCGGUUCAUUUCGGCUCGUUUUCCCGUGUCUUCCGUCGGCUGCGCAUUUACUGGAGCCGUCAAACUGCAACGCUCAAAUAUUGGCCUGCAAAAGUUGAGUAUUAGGUCACGUGGCUGUUGUCGACUGCUUGUCGGACCCCCACCUCCCUCCAGCCACUCUAGUUGUUCUUAGCGCCAAAAUCUGUGCAUCGUGACGGCGCGGGAACAAGGUGUGAUUAGUUCGACCCCUGAAGUAGGGACGCUCAGCCAUUGCCGUGGUUGCCACUGUCCCUGUGAUACCCGAGCGCAAAUAAGAUACUCAAAGCGGUGGCAUGUCCAGAAACGAGGACGAUGAGCCAAAUGCAGGAGAGGAAAGUGAGCCGGGAAUUGAAAGAGGCGUGGCACAGAUUCAUCGCCGCGCCGAGCCGGAGUCGAGAGUUGCAGAGUCAAUUGCUUGACACUUUCCUGGUGAAGCUAAUUGUCGAGUACCGGGAUGUGCCAAGCUCUGUGCAACUCACGGAGUGGGUCACUGCAGGCAAUGUACUGGCUCACCAACUCAUGCUUGAAGUGCACGAAGCCUGCAGCGGUGAUGACCCCGCACCAUGCCGUGAAUUCCUGCUCGCUGGGCGUGGCUGGAAGCUUCUGUGGGCCCUGGUUCGCAUUGGCUCCCAGUCCCUGCCCUGCUGCAAGGAAUUAUCCAGGGUUGCAAUAUCCCUCUUGUCAUUCUUCUCCAAGUUGGAAGAGCCAUGGUCUCAAGGAACCUUCGAAUGGGAAUUUGAAGAGAAGGAGCUUAUGGCUUGCUCUGUCACCACGACAAGUCCCGCCAAGGCCAGCCUGAAACAUCGCCGAUGUCGGCAGAAGCCCCGCUUGGACUCUUCGUCAGACAGUUCCGACUCAACAGACUCGGACCAUAUGGAAGUGCCUUCACCUCUGCUGCGAACAUCUACAGCCCUGUUUCUAUCGAACAAAGAUCCAUUGGAAUCUGCCAGUGAGGGAUGGGAGGACCGUCUGUACUUGCGUCGGAGCGCACCGCUUGAAGACACGCUCACCGACGAGGAGGCUAAGAUUGUUGGUGCGCGUGUUGCUCCAUCAUUUCUGCUGAACUGUCUCGUCACUCUUUUGACCCAGUCUUGUCGGGGGGCAGUUCACAAGGGCGAUCGCUGGCAAGCCAUUGCAACUUCCAUAUCGGGCCUCUGUCUCCCCGGUGCACUGGAGCUCUUCAACAGUCUUUCCUAUUCGCCUCCAGCUGGCUCACAGCUGAAGCAGCUGCUUGGGCAGCCCACUUCCAAAUCUCUUCAACAAAAGGUCCUGCGCCUCAUCGUCACCGCAACAUCACAGCUUCUUCGCGCUGGCUGUGGCUACUCGCAUCAGUCCAUUCGCAAGUACCGUGUCCUCCUGACUCUUCUUGACACCUGCCAGCCUGCGUUGGAUGCUGGGGACUCACAGUCUGUGGUGGAAAGCAUGUGUGCCGCACUGCUAUUCAUCCGCGAUGCGGUUCGUGCUUUUCCUUUCUCGGAGGGCAGCUUGAACUGGAUUGUGGAAGCCGUGCACAGGCUCUGCACUCACAACAGCCUGCAGGUCACUCUGUGCGCCUCCGAUCGUUCAUCCUGCACCAUCAUCGGAGAGCUCCUUGCUGACAUCAUCUUGUCGCUGAAGCGUGCUAAGAGUGCGCGAAGACAGGGCGUUGCAUUUCAUCAUCACGACAUGCUUCUGGGGACGCAGCUCAGGCAUAGCAUGUCUGAACCUUUGUCAGGAUGUUGCAUUGCGUCCCUGUGCAUCGUCCUUCUCAAUGCACCGUUCCUGUCUACGCAAGCCUUGUUGCGCUGUGGCGUCUGCUGCUGCAUGGCGCUCGACGAAGUCUUUGUGCCACUGCUUCGGGACUUUGGCUCGCAGUCCGCAGAAGACAAACACCAGAUCUUACAGCUGCUCCAAAAGUACCUCUGCGCGCAGAUGGGCCUCUUCUCACAAGCAUGCUUCAGCUGUCGGGAACGCCAGGACAGGGGAGAAAACAUGUGCAUGGCAUAUUCCUCGCUGCUCAGUCACGGGGACACGGAAACACAGACCCUGGUUGGCCGGCAUUUGCUCGCCAUGAUGGAAGCGGCGCGGCCACCAUUUCGUGACCUGAUCUGCACCCAAGUGGCCUUGCCUUGUUUCCUAGAGUUUGACUUUGCAAAUGCAACCAGUGCAGAACCAGAACUGAACCCACUGUGGUUCUCGGUGUCCGCUUUUUCGCUUUUAGGGGCUGACGCUUCCAUGGCAUUUCCUGCCAAAAGUGUGCAGAUGAAACGUUUGUACAAACUGCUCUCGCCUUCGGUUGCCCCUAUUUACAGGCAUGCUGCUUUGGUUCUGAUAGAAACCCUCAUUCUUGCCUACGUGAACAGCAUCAAGACAGAUGAAGAAGGGGCAGAAGAGAGUGGCAGUACUGAAAAUAGCCUGAUGCAGUCUACCAGUGACACGGAGUCCAAUGCGCUGUCAACCUUCACGCAGUUUCUGGCUGCCGAGACGAAGGAAUUUAUGCGUAAGGUGAGGCCUCUUCUGACGAUGCAGUCCAUGGAGUCCCUGAGCGAGUCUGCCACUGAGGAGGCCUUGGACGUGGACUCGACCUCCACCCAGGAGGCGGAACUGUCGACACUAGCUGAGCUCUGGCUUUCCUGUCGCCGUGUGGCACAGUGCAGUGCCGUGCGAUCUCAUCUGAGGAUAGGCAACUGCUGCGCAGAGGCGUAUCGGUUCCUGCUCUGGCUCACCGAUGAGACGGUGCGACCUGAUCCAUGCUGCCGGAAAGUGUUUCCAGCACUUGAGACUAUGCUCGCAUUGCUUCUUCAGUUGUGUCCAGUGCGACUGUGGUACCAGUCCGAGUGUCUCCAGCGCAAGGAGAUGGUACGAGAGCUGCGCAACCGCCUGCACGGUUGUCCCAGCGUGAACCGCACAGCGGCCGAGUGGCGCUGCCUUCUUGAUGCUCUGCUGAGCAACCUUGUGCACUGGACACGAGUGCCCACUCUUUCGAGCCGCCCGAAGGUGGACAGCAGCCUAGUCUCACGUGCAGCCCUACUUCGAAAGGAGCCCAACUCGGCUUCCCUUGUGCCGGCAGUGGACGAUGAGCUUGGCUAUGAAGCUGACUCUGAAUCAAGUCCCGAUGACUAUGCAGCUUCAGAAGGGAUGCUGUCUGUUUCACGAGAAGGUGGGGACAUGUCGGUGAUGUGCUACGAAGAAGUGUGCUCCCUCGUGCUGGACCUGGUGUGCCGUCUCUGCCCGACCCGUGCAGAAGUGGCGUUGCAUGCCAUCCAAAGGCUGACCACCCUCUGCUCCCAACAUCCAAUGCUCCUGACGCUCUUUGUCAAGCAGGGCGCUGUGGGGAAGCUCUGCCAUGGCCUUGGCUGCCUUCUGCACCUGCCUGACCAGCCUGACCUGGUGGAGCAUCAUACCCUAGAGCUGCAGGAGAGCCUGGUGUCCUUGUUGGUGCUCUUCUGUCGGCGCAGCCUCAGUGCCCAGGACCUCGUGGCUUACAUGGGUCUGCUCAAAGGAACUCAAUCAGCUUUUGGCCCCAUACUGAAAGGCCUUCUGGCCCUUGCCAGCUGUGGAGACCGUGGGCCGCAGUGCUGGCUGCAGUUCCCGCCACUGGCAGCAGAUGACGAUGAGGUCACGCUCUUGCCCACACCACAGCAGAAUGAAGAAGAAAGAGGCAGGCAGUUGGCCGAUCUUCCUCAUGGAGGGGCAUCUAACCAGGCUGUGUUGGUGCUGCCACUGGAAGAUCAUGGCGGCUGGUGUCCUCGCCAAGAAGGCUUCUCUCUGGCCUUCUGGCUUGCCCUACGCUGGAGCUCGGUCCUCGGCCACGAAGGCAGCUCCCGACUGCACCUGGUUUCCCUGGGCUGCGGCCCAUUCCUGUGCGAGCUAUGGGCUGAGGACGUGGAGAAGGGCACAGUGUCCUUGUGGCUGACGCAGGAUGGCACCAGUGUGGCAGAGAGUGCCGCCUGCAACGCCGCAUCCCAGUGCAGCUUUGAGAGGGUGCUGGCGGGCCAUGGUUGGCACCACUUGGCUCUCACCUACCACGAGCACAUGUCGCAAAGCACCAGUGAAACAGGCUGUUAUGCUUUGGUGACAUUAACAGUCGACGGUCGUCACAGUCGUUCCUGGCAUCUGCCCCUGGAAGGACAGGGUGGUGACAGUUGCUUGCACCAGCCAGGACCAAUGCUUCUGAUUGGCCAAAGUGCAGGCACCGGCACGUCGGUGGCUCUGGUCGGUGGUGGUGUGUCGUGGAGCCUUGGAAACCUGCUCCUCUUCCGAGGCUCUUGCCUUGGAUCAGCUGAGUGCCUAGCUCUCUACUCAAGAGGCGCUGAUGCUGUUGUGCCCACCUCCUGCAUCCUGAGUGAAGAUGAAGAGUCGGCUAGAAUCGACAUCAGCCCCAGACUGGUGCGCAAGGGUUUCCUCAAGAAGAAGUGGCCGGGGCCCAGCCAGUUUCGUGAAGUGCUGGCUGCACUGGAGGAUGAGAUCAUGGCGUGGUUUUCACCUCAAAGAAGUGACUCCUUUGUCAGUUAUCCACACAGCUCACAGGCCUUUUCAUCAUUCCUGGCGGCAUCCAAGAAGCGCAAGCGAAGUGGAAUUCCUCAGUCCAAGGCCGCACAUCGGCUCUCGCCUGUCCAGCUGCAGUGGCAAAGGCAGCUCCAUCAUGCAGCGGCCAGCCUUGGAGGCCCCGGUCUGUUUCUGUUCCUUCUGGCUAGGGUAGUGGAGUGCACAACAGAAGACGGCCCCCAGGCAGCUGCUCUGGAGUUGGCCCUGGGCAUGCUAGGGCAGCCCAGUGCAACCUGGGGCACCCCAAGAAUCCUUGUAGGUGCAAAUGAGGCGCUCAAUCUUCUAGGGCAACUGGUUGAGAAUCACCGAUGGGCGGCUGACUCACCGCGCUGUCUCCUGGUGGCGGUGAACGCGUGCAGCAGCCGUCCCUUGCUGCAGUGGGAUGGGGAAGGCAGCGCGGAAGCAGUACGACACCCAACGGGUCAGGAGCCAUUGCUCGUGUGGCCCCAGCUGGCUGGCACGCUCCUCGAGCACUGGCGGCCGGGGCCUGGCCGACAACGUCUGCUGGGUGCCAUGUGGGCGCUGCUGCGCGAGCGUCAUCCGCACCGUGACCACAACCUGGCACAGGCGGCGCCCCUGCUGGGUUCCCUGCUCAUUGCACUCAGGCGCCUGCUUGUGGAUGAGAGUCAGGGCAGCCUGGGCCCUCCCGGCACUCUGCCGCUGGUACUCAAGCUCUUAGGCGCUCUGGUACCAGCAGCUGGGGAAUUGGCACAGCGGCUCAGUGCCUGCCUCGACCUGUUGCUGCUGCUUCACCGUGCUGCCAAUGCUCAUGUGGCUCAGGGACGCUCGUCCUUCUACUCCUUGCCUCCGCGAGACUGUGCUCCAACCGCUGCAGGUUUUUCUAUCGUGGAGACCAGUCGCACAGCUCCAUCGUCGCUUGCAUCGAGUCCACUAUCAGGAAGCUUUGGCCAUCUUCUUGGGAUGGUCUCACGGUCAGCACCUAAUCAGGGAAUCAGGAAAGUCAAAGAACCUGAUGCUCCGAAGGUUGUCAAGGUUCGUCCCAAUGCCGUGCCAGCCGAGCUGUACAACAACCUCGACGGCAACAGCUUGGUCGACGCGAACUUGGCAUCUCUUCACGGAGAGCCGCCUCAGCCAUGCCCGGCCCUGGUCAAGCCAGGACCAAAGCCAACGGCCACUGAAGCAUUGAGCUUAUUGCUCUCCGGAGAGAUCGAAGCCAGUGGCCAAAGCCACGACAGGACUGAUGAGCAGCCGAGGGUUAGCUGCCCAUUUGAGAGCAGCAUUCGGCAUCCCAUGACGUCAUCGCCUGUGCCCUUGUCGCCCAACCCGUGGGUGGAGGUGGAAGAAGAGCAGGUGGAAGUUGAGGACGACAUGACCGGGCUUGUGCUUGGCCUCCUGAAGUUGCUGCAGGAUAUCUUGGCGGCCACUCCAGAAAAUGUGGUUCGUGAGAAACUUGAACCGGUUGUUCAACUGGAGGCACUACUAAUCUUGGCUCAUAACGAGAACGCAUUGGUUCGCAACCAGGUUCUGUGUGUGCUGGAGGUGUACCUGAGCAAGGUCUCUGGGGAGGUGGAGGCUCGCUUCCUCAAGGCGCGAGGCUUUCAGCUGCUCGGUCUACAGCUGGCCCAGUACCCAGCCACCGCAGCCUUGGUCCAGUCGUGCUGCCGUAUCUUGCUGGGCCGACCCCUAUAUCUGGCCAGAAAGAUACCACAUGGCAGUGUGCCGGACCAGGCCUCGAACCGGGCGUCUGUCACCCUCCUGCUGUCGCUUCUGCCCCGAACGGUGCAUGAUCCCGUCCUGUGCUGCGGGACGCUUUCGCUGCUGCAACAGCUAUGUGACAACAUAGAAGGGGCAGCACGUCUCCUUUAUUCCAAUGGACUGGGUGAAUCACUGGCGUCGAUGAUCGUGGCUGCGCCAAGACAGCUCCUCCUCAGCCGAAGUUCAAGUACGGGACAUGGAGAAGGCUUUGUGGACUUAGUGCUGGCUGUCAUCAGAAGUGCCUCUCUUGCAACAGCGAGGCUUGCGAUGGAACAAAGCGGCAAGAUCUCGAUGGAGUGCUUCCAUUCACUGUGCAGCCUCUUCGCACGGCUGUCUGAAGCACACAACACACACUGUGGCGAGGCUUGCAAAGCUGUGCCCUUAUUCAGGGAGUGCCAAGCAAAGUUGUAUCUGUCGGUCCUGGAACAUAUUGAGAGUUUCUGCACUGACGAAAAAAGAAGCCAGUCAUCACCAUCGCUUCUGGAGGCGUUUGCUUCCCUUCCAACGCCAAUCAUGGCAGAUGUGGCACCAUUGUCACCGGACAUCCAUCACGGUGGACGGCAUCUGAACUACUCUGAUACGAACGGACCAUCACGCGAAUUCGUUACUCCUUCCACAUCGUCCCUGUCACGAGAGCUGGGGGCCUGGUUCGCCCUUGCCUGCGACUUUGUCAUAUAUCAAGAGCUGUCUUGUGAGAGACCACCUACAGAGCUUUCACUGGUUGCCACACUGUUGAGAAAUGCAGUUGCCGGUACAGCCUUAAGUCACCUCAGCAAAAAAUCAAAACGCAAGCUUUCGUCUCGCGAAAGGGUGCUGUCUUCUCUGAAGCACGUGUUUCAGCCUCAGGUGGGUUUUCUACAUCCUUCGAAUCUCGGAUCCUCAAUGAAAGCACUGCAGCUGUCGAGGCUUUGUGUCAACCUUCUCGCCCCUGGCCAACAUGCUGCUUUGCGCAUCCACGUGGUAGAGGUGCUCAUGUCUUGCGAGCAGCACAGGCAAGCCCUCAAGACGACUUUGGGAUCAUCGAGUGAUGUUCGCCUGCAAGUGAGGACCUUUGUGCAAGAGUUGCUGAGUGGAUCGGCAGCCCGUUGUGAUGCCAGUAUAGGCAGCACAGUCGUGUCAUUGGUGGCCGUAUUGGCUCAGGAGCUGCCCAGCGUCAUGCCGAGAAAUCCCAGGCAGGAGGUUCAUGCCAACGAGGAGCAGAUCAAAGAACGCUGGUUGAACCAGUGGACGGCCCAGCGGGAAACUUGGCUUUCACAGACUGCUCUCGGUCCAGACUGCAAGAAUGGCCGGCUGCGGAAGCUCGAGGCCAAGGCGUCACAGGUGGUUGCCGAAGGAGCCAAGGUGACUCGGUCAGUUGCAGAGCUGCUGCAUGCACUUCGCAAGGAGGUUCUACAUGAAGCUAAGGCGAGGUCGGGGCGAGACUUGGUGCUCAAGCAGACGUGGUCUCGCCUGGCUGCUCAGCUCACACAUGAAAGGGCACCAUGGCACCUGCCUGAGAGCUUCCCAACCGCCUGGGAGCUGGACCCAACAGAAGGACCAUCGCGAAUUCGUCGACGCCUCCGGCGAGCCUUCUUGGCCGUUGACCCCAAGUUCAUAAUACCUCAGCACCGGAAAAGCCAGAAGGCGACGUUGCCACCUCUGCACUUUCUCUACGACACGGACACCUCGCGCAUGGAGUCUGCCGCCUUCUUGCACCAUCUGUACAUCAAUGAAAGGAUCACCCACACUUGCAAAUGCAUCAAGAUCUGCCCCUCGUCAGACAUGCCCGGAGAAGUACUGCUUGGUGAAACCAGUCUCCAGUUCGUGCCUGACCAACUCGGAAAAUACAAGGGAUCCUUGGGCGAAGUUGACGCCAGGCACGAGGUGUGGCCUUACAAGGACGUUCAGGAAGUUCUCUUGCGAAGGUUUCGACUCCGUGACAACGCGCUUGAACUUUUCCUCCGCAAUGGAGUCACUGCAUUGCUAGCCUUUCACACAACACAGGAUCGGAAUGAAUUUUGCCGCCAGCUGUGGCAGUGCCCUCACCUGGAUCUGGAGCCAUCAGAAUCGCUGGAAUCGCUCAGUCAUCGAUGGCAGGAGAGGUGCCUGGGCAACUUUGACUACCUUACGCAGCUGAACAAGCUGGCUGGCCGCUCAUUCAAUGACCUCAUGCAGUACCCGGUGUUCCCAUUUGUGCUUGCAAACUAUGCUGAUGACAUACUGGACUUUCAGGAUUCCGCCAGCUUUCGGUGCUUGGAGCGUCCCAUGGCCGUGCAGGAUCUAGCUCGCGAAGAGCACUACCGGCGCAACUUCCAUGUGGAACGGGCAAGUGCUCCGUCAGAGCGGCUCCAUCCGUGGCUGGGUCCAUUUCACUACGGUUCGCACUAUAGCAACAGCGGCACAGUGCUCCACUUCUUGGUCCGACUGCCACCUUUCACCCAGAUGUUUCUUGCCUACCAAGACCAGCAGUUUGACCUUCCCGAUCGCACGUUCCACAGCGUUCACACGACCUGGAGACUGGCAAGCAGCGAGUCCACAACCGACGUCAAGGAACUGAUUCCCGAAUUUUUCUUCCUGCCCGAGUUCCUUGUAAACAUGCAGGGUUUUGACUAUGGCAAGCGGCAGACAGGUGAAUCCGUCUCCGACGUGCUGUUGCCUCCUUGGUGCCGCGGGGACCCACGCCUCUUCAUCCUGAUCCACCGGCAAGCCCUGGAGUCGGAUUAUGUGACAGAGCACUUAGGCCACUGGAUUGACCUGGUCUUUGGCUAUAAGCAGACGGGAAAGGCUGCAGAGGAGGCCAUCAAUGUCUUCCAUCCUGCUACAUACUAUGGUGUUGAUGUGAGCUCGGUCGCCAAUGACACGGUGUCACAGAUGGCAUUGGAGACCAUGAUCCGCACCUACGGUCAGAUGCCCAAGCAGCUGUUCAGUAGCCCGCACCCACUGGUCACGCUAAGCCUGGCUGGUAACCAGGGCAGUGCUGCAAGCUCUUCUUCGGCCCAGGCAACCAUGGCCGAGGUGCGAGGGCUGCGUUGGGGCAGCUACGUUGGGAGCCCCAGCAAGCCGGCUGCGCGGCUGGUGCUGUGGCGUAGUACCCACAAGGAUCAGAGCCCUGUCAGCCACCUGGUGUCACUUCGCACAAACGACGUCUGGGGCCUGCCCGCACACUCCUGCCUGCUCCUCACUUACAGCCACUCUUCCGGAGGCUCAAAGGCUGCUUUACAGACGUACAUCCAGAGCACAGCGCUUGUGUCAUGGCAGCAUGCAGAUGGCUUUGUUCGGCUCAAGCUGCAGAAGGAUGAGCCAGCCCAACCGUUGCUUUCGCCAUGCCCCGGUGACAUGGUGUCGACAUGUGCCACAGCCCCUGGUUGCCCACUUGUCUUCGUGGGAUAUGCUUCAGGUCUUCUGACUGCGCAUGAAAUCAAGCUUGCAAACUCAAAGGUGGAGCACCCUUCUCGGCCCACUUGUUUGCUAGGUCACACAGAUGCGGUCACGAGGGUUGAAGUUUGUACAGCCUUUGGGUUGGUGGUCACAACCAGUCGCGAUGGAUCCUGCAUUGCCUGGGAUCUCAACAGGCUCGAGUAUGUUCGCACAUUGAUUGCCGGGAGCUCACCCAUUGUACUGGCUUGCAUUAGCAGCACUCUUGGAGAUGUUGCCACUGUAGAGACCACUGAAGGCUCUGCUGGCAGUUGUCUUCGAGUUCAUACCAUCAAUGGUGCCCGCGUGGGACAGCUGAGCACAGACGUGGCCAUUGGAGCCGUCUGCUACUCUGCUGCUCCCGAGGGCACCUCCAUCAAUGUGCUCGCUGCUGGCUGUGAGGACGGGUGCAUUCGGCUAUGGAGCUCAUGGGACCUGAGUCCCGUGCAAGAAAUUCACUCUGAAAAAUGCAUAUCUCCCAUUAUCAGCCUUGCCUACUCCCAGGACCAGCAGCACUUGUAUGCCGUCAACAAUCACGGUGAAGUGUUUGCCUGGGAGGCGCAAGACGGCAGCCGUGUGCCACGCUUCCACGUGUUGCUGUGAGCAACAUGAAACCUAGUCUGCAUCGUCGCACAGUUGCACUAAUUUUAUUACAGAUAAAAAAUAAAUAUGUUAAUGUUGUGUAAUAACCAGA